AUGUUUUUUACAUAUGUUGUUCGUCCCGGGGAAGCCCCAGAAGGUCGUGGACCACAGUUUGAGCCAUUUUGGGAUUUUUUCAUGAACUUUAAUUUGCGUAUUGGAUUUCUAAUUCAAUUUAUUUCGUACAUCUUGUUAGUAUGCUCUAUAACAUUAAUAGGAAAAAAUCCAUUAGGAAUUUUAAAUUUUUUAAGGGCAUUACCUGGGAGUGUUGGCAAUGCACCAAUGUCUUUGGUCCUUUUUAGCAUUGGAGGAUUUGUAUUAGGAACUCUUCUUAUUAUGUCAUUUUUGCAACUAACUGAAGAUGACAGCAGUAUUAAGCAGUCCAGAGGUUACAGAGCAGGGACGAAAUUUUUGUUGCAAGCCACAUCUAUGGGAACCGUGUCGUGGAGUUUAUCACUGAUUUGUCUAAUGGCCUCUUCAUACUAUUUUGAUGACCCAUGGAUGGAAGAAAAAAUUGGUGCAGGCUCUUCAUGGAUUUUAUAUUUUAGCUCAAGAUUAAUUGACGCAUUUUGUUUAUUUUUGUAUGGAUCUGGAUGUUUCUUUUUAGAAGUGUAUCAUUCAGAAGGUGCAGGAGAAGCUUGGGGAUGGAUAUGUGGAACUUGUUUUAUUGUAACAUCUUUUGUUGAAGUGUUAGCCUUAACAUUGUUUAAUAGUGCCAUGUUUGCAUCCUUAGAUUGGUUUUAUUGUGUCUUUCUAGGAAUGAGUCUUUUUUUUAGUGUCGUUUGGGGAUUGUUAUUUGAACCCAUAAGUCACAGAUAUGAUGUGAAAUUAACACAAAGUGCAAUGAGAAAUGAAUACUACAAAUCUAGAAAUGCAAUGGCUUAUUAUGGCCCGGCAGUUGUAACGGCAAAUGGAGAGCUUGACAUUGAAGCUUCUGCUGAAAAUGUAACCUCAUGUAAACAGUGCUAA